UAUUGUGGAUUAAAUGCGAUUUCUUACGUAAAUCAUUGUUUGUUUCAGGAUCGCUUACAAUCAUACUGUCAGCCUUCGCUCUUUGCAUGAUCAUCUGCAACGUUGAUGCUGGAACAGGUUCUGGAGCGUGCCCGUUACCUUCAAAGGUGUAUAGCUGCAGCCCCAAGUGCCAGGAGAACUACGAAUGCACCCACGGCAAGGUGUGCUGUCCGAACUCCUGCAACGCUAAGUCCUGCACAGAGUCCGCAGCUUACGGCGGCGCCAGUGGCGGAGACAAGUACUCCCAGUCGGGCGGAGCGGGCGUGUACUGCGGCAAUGUAAAGUGCAGCGCCUUCGAAGUGUGCAAGACCGAUCCGGCCACAAAGCGCCCAAAAUGUGGCCGCGCGUAAACUUCGUCUUCGAACCAAAUACGACAAUUAUUAUCAUACACAAAUUAGCCACUCAAUUUUAUUUUAGGAAAAAGUGAACUACUUAUUAUAAGUACAUUUAAGUUUAUGCACUUAUUUUAACUGAACUAAAAUUUAAUUUGUUACGUAUAUUAUAUCCAAUUCCAAUUUUAAUAAAGUACAUUUUUAUAUUUAUUUCACGG